UUGAGCGCCACUUACAACUCAUUUGUUUAUUUUACGACGUUGACGGUGAAAUAUCAGCUUGCAUUUCCGACAUCUCUGUAGAAACACAGACGGACGCGCUUUUGGAUAUGAAAUGAGUUUGUCAAGUUUGAAACGGUGGUGGGGCUUCGCUGUUGUUGACAGAGAGAGAGAGAUUCACGUUUGAACUCAGAGUGACUUUGGAGUGAACGAGCAUGGGCCGGCUAGAUGAUGCUGCCAAACACAAAGUAGUGGAGCUGCGGAAAGCCGGUCUUAGUUUUCGUAAGAUCAAAGCUGUGCUGGAACUGGAGAACAUCAAGGUUUCUGCUCAGGCCAUCUACUUGUACCUGAGGGAGCUUCAAGGAAGGCCACCAGGGAGGGUGAAGCCUGUAGAGGCUGGAAGCAACACACUGGCACCACGAGUGCAGGCCCGAACCAGCGCGUUACGAGAGAGCUGGAGCAACAUUCAUCUUCAGAACCUCAUACGGGACGCAUCUCAGCAUGCCGAGUUUGGAGCUCCAGACGACUAUUCCAAACAGGUGUCCACAAAUUCAGAGACUAGUGCUAAUCCAUCCUCAUCUGGGGAGACUAGUGGAAACAGCAGACCAGAGCGGCAACAUGAGCAGAGCAAGGAAGAGAACGACAUCCAGAUUAUUAGUGUCACUUCUCUCGCACAGCGCAGCCAGCCAACAAUUACCCAGUCAGCCAUAACAAGGACAGAAACCGGUCCUUUGUCUUCCACGCUUUCAGCUUCAGGAGCGUUGAUGAGGAGGAGAGUCACACCUUCUCCUGCCACCAACUCGAUGUUGGCGGCUCGAAAAAGACUCCUGGAUAAAGCUUUGUCACACAAGACCAAGUCCUUCCAGCAGGUGGCGUCAUUGCUGAGGAGAGAUCACUCCGGUGGCCAGAGCUCUGAUUUAGGCAGCACUCUCACACAGCAGCCUCAAAGCUACAGCCUGACAACAGAAAAGACUGUUCACGAGGGCCAGCCUGGAGGUAACGGUGCCCCCCGGCGCUUCCCCACUCAGAGACCAGGACCGAGUAUUCGCUCCCUUCAGCCCCUCCCUCGUGUCGGGAUUCAUCUUCCUAACCGCCCGCUGGUGACUUUGGCAGCCUCAGCACCUGGGACUGUUCUUCGACUGCAGUCCCCUAGGAGUCCGGGUGUGACGCACAGCGAGGGGAAUCCGAGCUCACAGCAGGCAGCCCAGGAUGCCAGAGGUAGAGGUACUUUACAGGACCAGAUCCACACUCUGGGCUCCGAGGUGCGGAGUCUGGCCCUGGCAGUGAAGAUGCUUGUGGAGCAGCAAUGUCGUCUAGAGAGGGAGCAGUCGCAGCAGACACAGAUUCAGAAGCAGAUCCUCAGCACUCUACAAACCCUUGCUUCCAAAACAGGAUACUGUAACAGUGUUCAGCGACCGCUCAACAAAACCCCCUCACCCUCCUCGCUGCCAGCAGCCUCUGUCUCUACCUCUUUUAGUCCAAACACCUUCAGUUUCACUCAAGGCGCGUACACCCAGUGCAGCCAAACUCAGCCGAGCUAUAACUCUUUAGGAAGUUUAGAAAACGUGGAGGCCUUUAAAGUGCCAGGACUCAGCCCAACAAACAUGAAUGGGUUUCCGCCGUGCAGCAGUGCAGAGAGCCUUCCUCUCACUCACACUUCCCCUCAAACAUAUGCAGCUGCAUACUCACAGCAAACCAAUCAGACACUCGUGCCGCCUUACACACAGUCGUACGUCUCGUCCUACAACCAGCCACACACUCAGACCUUCAGACCUCCAGAGACUAAGACGUCUGAUUUCUCAAGCAGCUGUUCAGCGAGGACUUUUCCCGACUGCAGCAUGUCUACACAGCAGGUCACGACCUCUAACCUCUCCUCUCACGAUCAGCAGGUCAAUAACAUCAAAGUGGAAGGACCUUAAGUCACGGUUCGGUAACCUUUAGGGCACUGCUGUGAUUGUCUUUACACUACUGUAGCAUUUGAGACACGUUCUUUAAACCUUAUGUAGCCUUUUUUUCAUUAUUUGUUUUCCAAAGAUCGUUUUCAAAGAAAACAGCAAUAGAAUAACCAGAUCACCACGUUUUCCUUAUUGUGUAAUAAUUUCUUUUUAACAGAUUUUUAAAACUUAAAAGCGUUUUCAGUUUUUCUUGUACAUUUUUGUAUUCAAUUGUCUUAAGUCAGCAGUAUAUCUGACGUGAACUGUUCAUAUUCAAAACAGCGUGAGCGGAAUAAAAAACUAGCUGAAUUUGACUCAAGUGUCUUUAAAUAGUGUGUACGUGCGUGCGUGCAUGUCUCUUCAGACCCACCUGAGCAGGUUACCAUCCAGAGGAAGACCUCUGGGUCCUGGAGGAUCUCCCCUGUUGUCACAGCUGAGGAUGUAGAGAGAGAUGGAGUCUGCCAAGUAUGAUUCAGUUUCAAGGAGGGAAACACGCAAAUUAGAAAAGCAACACUUUCACAGUCCAGUUCUGCUGAAAUGAAAGAUCUACCCCCUCUCAUUGUUGAUUUCUGCAUAGAUCUGCAGAGCUCCCCCUAAAGAGAUGUGAGCAUUCGCACAGUUACUAAAACCAGCAAGCAGAAGACAAACGUUUCAAACAUCCUUGUGGAUUUAAUGAGCAACAAGAUGAAGUAGCCCUGGAAAGUGUUGGGCUACCUCAAAUCUACAUUCUCAGUUUUCUAUGCAUUAUGUUGUUUAUACAUGUUUUAAGUUAAUGUCAUAUUAUUGUUUUUGUGUAGCCUACUUUAUUAAGGUUUUAUUUUGAUCAUUUUGAAGUUAAAAUCAAAAGCUAUGGAGGAUUUCUAUAUUUAGAUAAUAAAUCCUGCUUUUGGGAAGAAGUAACGGCUUUAAAGAUGUUUUAUCCCCAAAAUGUAUUUUAGACCGCAGACUUGUAAAUAUUAGGUUGUUCCUUUGAAUAGAUGCAUAUUCACGAGGUGAGAAAAUGUAUUUUUAAGUCUAUCAACUGAUUUUCAUUGGCAUUUGUCAGUUUAUCAAUUAUCUUAUGUGUGCUGAGUUAUUUGACUCAACUACUAAUUGUUGCUAUAAGCUGUAGCGUACCAAAGGCCAACUAUUAGAUUAUUUGUCCACUAUAAGGUCAGAGGUCAUCUCACAGAAGUAUCCAGGCUGGUCCACCUGCCCAGAGUAUUGUGUGACACAUCUUAACUGUACUGGUCUCCAAACCAGUAAACUAACUGCUCUACAACCUUGUUGCCAAGAAGGGAAGCCAUAAUAAACCCUUCUCCUGAUUCCCUUUAUCUUAGCUGAAACCAAUGGUCUCCUAGCCUGGCAAGCCAGACUAAAUAAAUGUAUUAUUUAGUCGCAACGCUCCAUUGACGGCUCUCGGUUGUGGGGCGGGUUCUACCGUUGUCUUUCAAAUGAUCUCCGCAUUCCACUGGACAAUGAAUGUGACAUACUCGUGUUUCACUCUGUUGCAUCAUCCCACCCACAAGGCACAUAGAGUGCCCUGAUUGGCCCACAAAGCGGAUAAAGCUCUGUGAUUUUUUCACUAAGCAGAUAGAGCACUAUGAUUGGCCCACCAUUAUGGACCAAUCACAGCUCUUUAUGUGUUUGAAACCCCUCUAGAGAGCUGUGAUUGGCCAGCCAGAAUGCUGUUGGGGCUGCAGAGGUUCCAGUGGAGCAUUCCUAGACCAGGCUAAUGUACAUGUCCCUUUAGGGGCUCCGUAAUUUUCCACCCUGAUUUACAAAUAAAUUCUUUAAAAAUCC